GCAGCCAGCAUGCACUGCCUGACAGUGAGACUGGGGCUUGCUUUUUGAAAAUAGUUCCUGCUCUGCAGCAGUCACUUGGGCAUUUUAUGGUCACAUCUCUUUAAUGGAAAGCACCAAAAAUCCUUGCAGCAUCCCAGUGAACUAAAGAGGAACUGACCAUAUGGGACAAUCUGAUGCACACAUAGAGACUGUUGGGACUCUGUGACAUAGAUCACCAAGCUGAAAAGCCAAAGAAGGUUUUCAAAUGAAUGCAAAAGGAACGGGAGUUUUAAAAGCAGGAAGCCGAAAGGGAUCUCCAUAAGAUGAAUUUCACCCAGCAUCGUGGGACACUCCAGCCUCUCCAUUUCUGGAACCACAGCUACAGACUGCACAGAGGAGCCAGCGAGCCCAAUGCGAAGGGCCACUCCUCAGGAGGUUGCUACGAGCAACUCUUUGUAUCCCCUGAAGUGUUUGUGACUCUGGGCAUCAUCAGCUUGCUGGAGAACGUCCUGGUCAUUGUGGCGAUAGCCAAGAACAAGAACCUCCAUUCACCCAUGUACUUCUUCAUCUGUAGCUUGGCAGUGGCUGACAUGCUAGUGAGUGUAUCUAAUGGAUCAGAAACCAUUGUCAUCACGCUGCUAAACAACACAGACACAGAUGCACAGAGCUUUACCAUAAACAUUGACAAUGUCAUCGACUCAGUCAUUUGCAGUUCCUUGCUUGCAUCAAUUUGCAGUCUUCUCUCAAUAGCAGUGGACAGGUACUUUACUAUCUUUUACGCCCUCCAGUACCAUAAUAUCAUGACAGUGAAGCGUGUAGGGGUUAUCAUCACAUGCAUCUGGGCUGCUUGCACAGUCUCAGGCAUUUUGUUCAUCAUUUACUCUGACAGCAGUGUUGUCAUCAUCUGCCUAAUCAGCAUGUUCUUCACUAUGCUCAUUCUCAUGGCAUCCCUCUAUGUCCACAUGUUUAUGAUGGCUCGUAUGCACAUAAAAAAGAUUGCUGUUCUUCCAGGGACUGGCCCUGUUCGCCAAGGGGCCAACAUGAAAGGGGCCAUCACUCUCACCAUCCUGAUUGGAGUUUUUGUUGUGUGCUGGGCUCCAUUUUUCCUACACUUGAUUUUCUACAUCUCCUGCCCCUACAACCCUUACUGUGUGUGCUUCAUGUCCCACUUUAAUUUCUACCUCAUCCUCAUCAUGUGCAAUUCCAUCAUUGAUCCACUUAUCUAUGCAUUCCGGAGUCAGGAGCUCAGGAAAACAUUCAAGGAGAUUAUAUGCUGCUGUAGCCUGAGAGGGCUUUGUGAUUUCCCUGGCAAAUAUUAAACUGAAUGGAUGGAUAUGUUACUGUGUGCACAACAGGCAGCACGGAUUUCCAAGUCUUUGGAUCCUUUUUCUCAGCAGAAUUUGGUUUAAAUCUUUAGGAGUGAGCACCUCUUUCUGUCUCCCCCCCCCCCCCCCCCCAUUCUUGUAUUCCAUUCAUGUGGAAUUCAUAUUUCUGUAUAAUGUUCAUGAUGUCUAUAGUUUGUAAUUUAUUUGGCUGGAAAGAGCAGUAGCACUUCAUACCAGUUUGUAAGUAAGUAAAUAAAUGUAAUGAUGAAUGUGAAAUAGUAACAAACAUGAGCAACUCUAUAUUCCAACUGCUGACAAAAUAAAUAUCUUGCCUCAUUUACAGU